AUGAGUCGCCGACUAACAGAAGAACGUUUUGCGGUUGCAUGUUCGAACGCGACGACGAAAUUGACUGCGUCAUCGCAAGGUAAAAAGCAGUUUCUUCUUCGCUCGAAGAAAGUGAUAGCAUCGAUGUUGGAACAGCACCGAAACAUAGAUGCUCAAAAAGAGGCGAAGAGUAUGAUAUACAAUCAAUACCUUGCCGAUAUUUAUGACGGUCUAGUGAAGAUGAUAUCGACAUUGGCACAAUAUUCUAAAGCUCUUCCGACUAUGGGAUUAGUCCCACGCUCAUUAGAACUUGAAAUCCGAACUGUCGUGUACUUGUCCGAUCGAUUAGAUGAAGUCAAAGAACUCAGCGAAAUACGAAAAAUGUUUAUCGGACAGUUUGGAACAACUUUAGUAGCGGAAUGUAUUGAAGAAAAUGUCGAUAAAAAGUUAGCGAGGAAAUAUCGCCAAAUGAAUAAUAUAGAAGACGUCACUAUUGAAGCUUUAUUGACCGCUUUAAACCCAAAUAAGAAAAUACCUCAACAAGUCCAACAACAACAACCAAAACCUCAAAGUGAUCAAAUACAACAAAGUUCGUCGUAUGCCAGAUUCGCUUCUAUGAAUACAGACGAAUCAAAAUUCCCGUCUUUCGAUCAACAAAACACUCAAAGUAAAUUCCCGAGCUUUGAUGGACAACAAACUACUCAACAAAAUCAAUUCCCCAGCUUCGGAAGUCAAAGCGAAAAUAAAUUCCCAUCUUUCGAUCAACAACAAAACACUCAAAACAAAUUUCCUAGCUUUAAUCAACAAGAAAAUAAAUUCCCAAGCUUCGAUGGUCAACAAAGUACUCAACAAAGUUCUCAACAGAACCUUUUCCCAAGCUUCGAUACUCAAAGCAAACAACAAAGCCAAUUUCCAAGCUUUGGAGAACAACAACAAAGUAGUGGAAGUAAAUUCCCAAACUUCGGAGAACAACAAACUCAACAAAGCCAAUUUCCAAGCUUCUCAACUCAAAGUCAACAACAACCUUCACAACAAUUCCAAAGCAGUGGUGUCUUUGCACCAAUUCCAAGCGCAGGAACAAUGCAACCACAGAAAGCAACCGCGGACGAAGACGAAGAUUUACUCGCAAGAAUGUCUGCGCUAAGGGAUUAA